GUGCUGCCGCUCGGCCUCUGCAUCGAGGGCGCCGUGGUGGGCCUGGUGGUGGGCGCCGUCGUGCGGGGCUGCGCGGAGGCGCGCAAGCCGCGCGGGCACGCGGCGGUCUCGGCGCAGGCGCGCCGGGACGAGGAGCUCGGCGAGGCGGAGAAGGCGGCGAGGCCGCCGCCCAGCCCGGGGAGCUCCCCGAGCGGCUCCCGGGGCCACGCGGCGCAG